AUGCCGUACAACAAUUGGACAUAUAGGGAUGCGGUCCUAUAUCCACGCAGUGACGAAACCCGUUACAGGGAUCGACGCGGCGAAUAUAGGGACCGAUCGAAUGAGUGGAGAUCGAAUUAUGACAGAGAUGUACAUAGGUACGUUCAUGACAGACCCGCAAUGCAUAGACAGGGGCAUGAUGGAUGGGAAAGGAUCCCGUACAGGCAUGAAUCAAGGAGAUACCAGAUACCACAUAGGGAAAUGGUACACACCCGUGAUCAUAACUACCGGGAACCCCAUGCCAGGGUGCACCAUGUAAACUAUGCAAUCAACAGGGACAGGAAUGAACGUACGUAUAACACACAAAGAAAACAAAACGAACGCAUACCAGUCAACAAGACACAAGAGAAAAAUACAACAACUAAAGACAAGAACACAACAAUAAAUGACAAACAGACGAAUAAAACAACAAGCAACAAACCACAGAACCACACUACAACAAACAACAACAAACCAGUAAAAUCUAUACUGACAAACAAACAGGGCAACCAAAAACAUAACACAACCAAGGAGACACAUAAACAACUACCCAAAGAUGAAUUUGAGGCUGUAGUCAACGUGGGCAAGAUGAUAUUCAAAUACGUUCAAGCCCACUGGCAUAGGGACAACUGGACUGAUGAUAAUGCCACCUCGGUCAAAAACAGCCUCGAAAAGAUGGGUGAAAGGAUUAACCCACCGGGCAAGGAUGGAAUACUCACUGAUAAAAUCAGGGAGAUAACAGUUGCCACGUACAACCAAAUCAGAACUACCAUGACGGAGCAUCUGGACCACAUGGUGAAAAAGAUUGAAAGUGAGAUAACUUUUAAGGACGAGGAGUUACUUAAAAUAAGUAACACCAACGAACUUAAAAGAAGGAUCACUUUCCUAUUUGGCAAUAAUAAAAAGGCCCUCAAUGACAAUAGGACUAUCAAGAGACUGGAUUCCUGCCUCAAGGACAUCACGGAACGAAUAGAGAGGGCAAGGAGGAAUAAUGAUUCUAACCGGCCAUCGCAGCAGAGCGUCAGAAGUACAAACACCAAAUGGUCAACAAGGGUACACAAACUGAAGAAGCCCCCCCAAAGAAGAAGGGGAGUGGAUAGUGAACAACAAACCGACAGGGACGUAACCCCGGGAAGGACCCACAACCCGCACCUGGCACAGACACCCAGACGAGCACGGGAGGAAGGAGGGAACACACAGUCAGCACUGGAACAGGACCCUACCCCUAACCCCAACCCGGGUACCCCUAUCCGGGACUUAGCAAUGGGAGCCCCAAUUGCUAACCUCCCGGACCCCAACCCCACCCCCAACCCCACCCCUAACCCCAACCCCACCCCUAACCCCAACCCUGAAACACCACCCGUAAGCACUGUAAUUAGGGACACGAACCCUGAUGACAGAGGCACAACGGGGGGUGACUCGGAAGAGGAGGGAAGGGGUGAGGAGGUUACUAAACUAACCACAUUACACAGCUUCUUUCUUCCAACACAGGAAUUCCUCAGAGACCUGAAUGAAAACGAAAUGGAACCGGAGGAUGAGUCUUCUAACUACAUACCUCCAACCACGAGGGGAGCAGUCAAGAGACCCAUCCCAACCAGUUCCCUAGGCCGCAAAACCAAGGAAGGGAACAACACUAUCAUAUUCAGUUGCCUCAAGGGGACGGAUGAAUUAAAAAAGAGGAUAGCCUUCUCCCUGGAUAAUGACACUAGGGUGAUAGAUGGCUAUCUUGUUUAUAAAAAUAUAAUCAUAAACCCAUCCCCUAAGGAGCAGAAUAGACAGAUGUCGGUGGAUAUUGUCAAACAUAUCCUCCCGUUCCAGGAUGCCAACUGCAACAAGGAGAACAUAAAGAAGGAUCCACAUCCACUCCUGAAAUCAUUCAUGAGAAGGCAAAAUAUAUUGAAUAAUGCAUGCAGGAACGAGGAACAGUGCACAUGCAUCAGAUCGUUCAUGGAAGCAUACAGAGUCAACCAUUGCACUCUAUACAAUAUAAAAAACCUGUAA